CCGGUAUGCACGAAAACAAACACAUCUGUUCCUUUCAAAUCGGGGUCGACGAUAACACCGGAGCAAGUAGCUCUAGUGUAAACUCUUGGAAGGAAAACAACUAUUCUAGGGUUACUCCUUUUAUUUUGCUCUGUGGAUUCCUGAGAGAAAAUAAAAGAAGAAUCGUAAGUCAAAUUCUUAGGUUAUGUUGUCGACUUACGACCGCAAAUUUCUAACCCCAAAAAAAAAAAUGUCAUCCGCGAAAAUAAUUUAGAAAUGUCAAAUAUUUAAAGAACAAUGCAUGCACCAAUCUUGAAUUAAUUUUUAAUAUCUAAUAAUUAUUAAUUCGAGGCGGCCCGAUUUUAAGUUUUAGGAAAAAUAAUUGUCCUCAAGGAUGAGUACCGAGACACAGGAGAAACCCAUCAUUUCCGUUAAUGAUGUAGACGAGGAGCUAGCUGAAAAAUACAAAUCCGAAGCCAAUGAAUAUUUCAAAAAGCAAGAUUUCGAUACUGCCAUCGACCUCUACACAAAAGCAAUUGCCGCAAACCCAAACGUCUGCAUUUACUAUGCAAAUAGAAGUUUCGCCUAUUUGAAAAUCGAAUGUUUCGGUUACGCACUCCACGAUGCCUCCAGAUCGGUCGAGCUGGACAAGAGCUACGUCAAAGGUUUUUACAGGAGGGCCGCUGCAAACAUGGCUUUGGGCAAAUGGAAGGAGGCCCUUAAAGAUUACGAGUUUGUUACCAAAAUGAGACCAAACGACAAAGAUGCUAAAUUGAAAUAUAACGAGUGCAAUAAGAUUGUCAAGAAGAUUGCAUUCGAAAAAGCUAUUUCGACUGAAGAUAAUAGAAAGAAUAUAGCUGAUUCAAUUAAUUUAGAUGCAAUGACUAUUGAACACGAAUAUGAGGGACCUAAAUUGGAAAAUGGCAAAGUUACUUUGAAAUUUAUGAAAGAGUUAAUGGAAUUGUAUAAAAAUCAAGGAAAGUUACAUAGGAAAUUUGCUUAUAAAAUUCUUCUAGACAUAAAAACUUACUUUAUGGCUCAACCAUCGCUGGUCGAUGUUUCAAUAGCCGACGAUAAUAAAUUUACAGUUUGUGGCGACAUACAUGGUCAAUUUUUUGAUCUUAUGAACGUUUUCGAACUCAAUGGUUUACCUUCUGAAACCAAUCCGUACUUAUUCAAUGGCGAUUUCGUGGAUCGAGGCUCGUUCUCUGUUGAAUGUAUAUUUACAUUAUUUGGAUUCAAGUUGUUGUUUCCCAAUCAUUUUUACAUGUCUAGAGGAAAUCAUGAAAGUGCGACCAUGAAUCAAAUGUACGGAUUCGAUGGCGAAGUAAAAUCAAAAUACACUGCUCAAAUGGCCGAUUUGUUCACCGAAGUUUACAAUUGGUUACCCUUGGCUCAUUGUUUAAAUAAACGCGUGCUAGUAAUGCACGGAGGCUUAUUUUCUCGCGACGACGUUACCCUCGACGAAAUCCGUAAAAUUGACAGGAACAGGCAACCGCCUGAAGACGGGCCAAUGUGCGAGCUGCUCUGGUCCGAUCCCCAGCCACAAGACGGCCGUGCCCCGAGUAAAAGAGGCGUCGGAUGUCAAUUCGGACCGGAUGUGACCAAGACAUUUUUAGAUUUGAAUAAAUUAGAUUAUGUUAUAAGGAGUCAUGAAGUUAAAAAUGACGGAUAUGAAGUUGCACAUGAUGGGAAAUGUAUUACUGUGUUUUCGGCACCGAACUAUUGUGAUACCAUGGGAAAUAAAGGUGCUUUUAUUACACUUAAGGGUCAAGAUAUGAUUCCUAAGUAUACUACAUAUGAAGCUGUGCCGCACCCAAAUGUUAAACCCAUGGCAUAUGCCAAUUCUUUAUUAAGUCUAAUGUGCUAGUACCUGCUAUUUUAAGUAGUUUAAUUGAUUACAUUUUUUACACAACAUUGUAUAGAAUAAAACUUUCCAGGAUUACAAAACCUGUGGAAGGACAUUUUAGUGAUUAGAGGGCUAUAUUAAUCAUUUUUCUCAUUUGAUUAUGAUGGUGCAGCUUCCUUAAUCUGAACAAUAAUGAAUCCAGUUUUUUUUAAUAUUUGCUAGAUGUAGAUACAUACUGGUAUAAUAUCCACUCUUCAAUGAAUGAAAUUGUUUGGAUUUAGGAGGCUACAUACAAAUUUUUAUUUGGAUUUUUGUUGUAUCGAAUUUUUAUUUGAAUCGAGUUUUAAUUUUAAUUAGAAAAUAAAUUAAAUCAAAGACACUGCCUUCCAAUGUCAUUAAAAUUUGUUCAAUUUCCUAAAACACUGAUCCGUUUUUGGUAGUGUAUAUUUGAAAUAAAAUUAGUUUCAAAAAAAAAAUCAAGUCUUUUAUUCGCUGAGAACAACACACAUGUUUUUCUGCUAAAUAUAAUUUAAAUAAAAAAACAAUUAUUAAAUACAUAAUACUAAAAAUUAAACAAUUUCCUGGACCUUUCUGAUUUGUCCAUCUUUUUCUUCAUUGCCGGACUAAAGUUUGUGCUCAGUCUUAACUUCUUCAAAACGUUUGGAGUUCCUUCAUUUGCCUUCCUUUUUUUAUUCUAA